UUCAAGAGUUAUAUGGCCGUGACGAAAGAACGAGCUAGCAGUAUAUUAGGAAGUAGCAACGACAGCGGACUCACAAUCCAAUCAGCAGCCAUCUCUUCUCUGGAAUCAACUGGAAGCAGCAUGCAGCCGCUGAUUAUUACGGCCGUUGUCGCCUUGCUGCUGGGCGUAGCCUCCGCUUCGGAUAAAGACGCAAAGCAGGACUUCUAUACCGAUUAUGAUGGGUACAUGCCACCGCCGCCGACACCGCCGCCACUUCCACCACGCAGGAGGAAUAUUUGCAGCUGGAAAACUAUUCCCAACGACAUGCACAACUACUACUGCUGCUAUUCACCAGCCAAUAUGCUGGCUCGCUCUGCCUUCGUGGCGGUAACCUGCAGCUGGAAAAGGCUGCCCGACGACCCUCUCGACUACUACUGCUGCACGCUGUACCCCUCGCACCCCGGGGCGGACGAACUGGCGCCAGACCCGAUCGGCAUGCCGCCGUACAACCAGCUGUGGAGGCGCAGGCGCCGCCACUAGGAGGGUGGUUGUCUCUGGACUGCCCCCCACCUCACACUUCCUCCUCCAGUGUCGAGCGCUGCCAGAUCCCUCCUGUUGCAUCCGGGGCGGUACGCCGCUGAGUUGCUGUUGCUGAGCGGGGGGUGUCUCCUCGAGCCUCCCUUCACGCCCUCUCUCCCCCGAAACACGUAUCCACUUCCCUCGCCGUGACGGGGCCACACGCCAAACCCGCAUGCUCGUCCCGCGUGCGACAAUUGCCUUUCUCGCCUGCAUUCAUUGUCAACUCCGUGCCGUGUUGAUGAUAACUUCUUCUGUACAAUAUGUGUGUUCUCACGAUGCUCGAUGGACCACACCUGUGCAAGACGUAACUGUAUGUCUGUGUUGCAUUUGUUUACUUGAGGAGGAAAUAAAACGAAUAAACAGAUAAAA